CACUGAGAUUGAGUGCUCGGUUUUAUGCGAGUGAGGUAAGUAAAUUAUGGUAAAGCCCUUUGAUUUUAAAGCAUGUUUUAAACUGUUUUUGAGAUGGUGGCAAGCUUUAAAUUGUUUUUAUCAGCAUCUGAGUGUGAUUAACUAAAAUGCAAAUUGUGAUGGCUUUUAUGAGAAUUUCAUUGUUUUUCUGGAAUUGAGCAUGAUUGGAAUGAAAAUGGGAAUUUCAUUGUUUUCUGGAAUUGAGCAUGAUUGGAAUGAAAUUGUUUUCAUUGCAUUGAGUAGAGCAUGCCGAUUGGAAUUGACUGAACUGUUUUGAUGAACUGAAAGUUUACAAAUACUGAGUUUUCUGUCAAAUCCAUGCUUACAUGGAGAUUUUUCGGUUGUUUCUGAAAUUGGAGAUUGAUUGUGAAUUUUGGGUUUUUCUGUAAAUCCUGCAUGGUUUUGUCUCGGAUAUAGUCAUGAUUACUGUGCCCGCUAGUGGGAGGUUUAUAAACGCUAGCACAUGUCGACAUGUAUUUCUGUAGAACCGGUUUCCAAUGGGAUAAAACAUUGGCACUAUUCCUGACGCCUGCCAGUGGGAGUGUGUUAAACACUGGCACUAUUCCUGACGCCUGCCAGUGGGAGUGUGUUAAACACUGGCACUAUUCCUGACGCCUGCCAGUGGGAGUUUGUUAAACACUGGCCAUGACUUAUAGAUGAGACUACUGAACUGAGUUUUAUUCUUCAUGAACGGUUUGUCAUGAAUGCUUUGCAAUUGAACUGAAUCUGAUUUUGUCACUGAGCGUUUUGGUUAUAUUAAACUGUUUAUCUGGCAUGCUUAAAAGUUUUACCCAAUGGCUAUUCAUAUUUACUUACUGAGAUAUUUUAUCUCCUAGUUUUCCUUGUCCACCAUUUCAGGAAGCGAUAUCGAGGACGGGAAAAACCGAGGGGAGUGACGAGUUAGAAGGCUAGCCAUUCAAUUGGGGUAUAAGUUUUAGAUUUUAUCAUCCUUUUGUAAGGUUGAUUUUAUUCAUGAGAUUUUGUGAUUUGGAUAAGUUCCGAGCCUUGUGCAUUUAUGGGACCCGUCUCACGAGUGCACGGCGUCUAUCGCGCCUCGGAUUUGGGUUAUGGGGCGUGACAAUAUUGUAUCAAAAAGUGAUAUAAAAAGAUUAUUCUUAA